GCUCCUGAAGGCAUCAUCGUGUGUGGGAACAAUUGUUUAGGCGGAACAAGUAUUAUCGCAAGUGCACCGAAGGGACAGUUGUUGCAGUUACACCAGACGAAUUCACAUUCAUGACAGUAACAAUUUGAAUUUAAAUGCAUAUUAUAUGAGGUUAAACCCGAAAUGUUUGCUCGGUAGUUACAAAUAGUAGAAAUGGAUAAAAAGGUUGUAGCAGCGGAAUCUGAGGCGAUUGACUGGGGAGGAAGUGGAGCUGAAGAGGGGAAGAUUUUAAAGAAGACCAAAACCUUAUCCAAGAAUGUCCACACUGGCCUUUCAAAUCCACUUCCAGAUCCUGUGAAAUGUUCUCUGAUAAAAGGAGACUAUCUCUACUUCCAUUAUGGCUGUGAUGGACAGGAUGACCGAGGCUGGGGAUGUGGCUACCGCACCAUCCAGACAAUGGCUUCCUGGCUCUGCCAUAACUGCUUUCCACUUCAGGAAAAACAGAGAUCUCCACCAAGUCUCCCGGAAGUCCAGCAAGCCUUGGUUGCCAUGGGGGACAAACCAGGCUCGUUCACAUGCUCCAGGGAGUGGAUAGGAACAUUUGAAGCCUCCCUGACCCUUGACUAUUUCUAUGAUGUCCCCUGUAAACUGGUACAUGUUAGAGGUGGAGGGGCCGAGCUGGAGCAUGUUGCAGUGGAAGAGCUCCAUCAGCACUUUGAGAAGCAUGGGUCUCCAGUCAUGAUGGGAGGGGACAGGGACAACUCUUCUAAGGGGAUAUUAGGGGUGUGCACUGGGGACAAGGGGAGCUACCUGCUAGUCGUUGACCCUCACUACUACGGACGUCCGCUGGAGAAGACCGAGCUGCAGAGGCGGGGUUGGGUGGCGUGGAAAAGAGUGUCAUCUCUGGAUCAGUCCUCAUUUUAUAAUCUGUGUAUGCCUCAGACUGCCAAAAAAAGCAACAUAAACUAAGUGACAGACCUAUUUCUGUUUCAGACUUA